AUGCAUAAAGUUUUUCAAAAGAAAAUGUAUUCAUUAAACUGUGGCCUCUUUUCUACCUAGUCGGCAGCAGAAUACGUGAAGUCCCGCCUGCCUGAAGUCCUAAAACAACAUCUCCAAGACUAUGAGAAGGACAAGGAGAACAGUGUGCUGUCUUACCAAACCAUCCUGGAGCAGCAGAUUUUAUCGAUUGAUCGAGAAAUGCUGGAAAAAUUGACUGUGUCCUACGAUGAAGCAGGUACAACUUGUUUGAUCGCACUGUUGUCAGAUAAAGAACUCACGGUGGCCAACGUUGGUGAUUCGCGCGGAGUGUUGUGUGACAAGGACGGGAAUGCCAUCCCCCUGUCACACGAUCACAAGCCCUACCAACUGAAGGAGAGGAAGAGGAUUAAAAGAGCUGGUGGUUUUAUCAGCUUUAAUGGCUCCUGGCGCGUUCAGGGGAUCCUGGCCAUGUCCCGCUCGUUAGGAGAUUACCCUCUGAAGAACCUGAACGUUGUCAUUCCCGACCCCGAUAUUCUUACGUUUGACCUGGACAAACUGCAGCCAGAGUUCAUGAUCUUGGCGUCGGAUGGUCUGUGGGAUGCUUUCAGCAACGAGGAAGCUGUCCGAUUCAUCAAGGAGCGCUUGGAUGAACCACACUUCGGUGCAAAGAGUAUAGUGCUACAGUCCUUCUACAGAGGAUGUCCUGAUAACAUAACAGUGAUGGUGGUGAAGUUCAGGAAUAGCAGCAAAACGGAAGAACAGUAA